CUCCACCGCCGCCGCCGCCGCCGCCGGGGCUGCUGCUCCGGCUGCUGCAGGAGGCGGCGCUGGCAGGCGGCUGCGCUCGCUCCAGUCGGCGAGCGGAGGAGCGAGCGAGCGAGCGUGCGUGCGUGUGUGUGUUUUUUAAAGAUGGCCGGAGCGGCGGCGGCGGUGGCCGCGGGAGCAGCAGCUGGAGCCGCCGCGGCUGCGGUGUCGGUGUCGGCUCCCGGCCGGGCCUCGGCGCCCCCUCCGCCUCCGCCCGUGUACUGUGUGUGCCGGCAGCCGUACGACGUGAACCGCUUCAUGAUCGAGUGCGAUGUCUGCAAGGACUGGUUCCACGGCAGCUGUGUUGGUGUAGAAGAACAUCACGCUGUUGACAUCGACUUGUAUCACUGCCCAAACUGCGCACUUCUACAUGGCUCUUCCUUGAUGAAAAAGAGGAGGAACUGGCACAGACAUGACUACACAGAGGUGGACGACGGCUCCAGGCCCGUGCAGGCUGGGACCAGGGCCUUCGUUAGAGAACUGCGCUCUCGAGCCUUCCCAAGUGCCGAUGAAAUCGUUGUGAAGAUGCAUGGCAGUCAGCUGACACAAAGAUACCUGGAGAAACAUGGAUUUGAUGUUCCUAUUAUGGUCCCCAAGUUAGAUGACCUUGGACUCAGGCUCCCUUCACCUGCCUUUUCAGUGAUGGACGUGGAACGCUAUGUAGGUGGUGACAAAGUGAUAGAUGUCAUUGAUGUGGCAAGGCAGGCAGACAGCAAAAUGACACUUCACAAUUAUGUUAAAUACUUCAUGAACCCUAACAGACCAAAAGUGUUAAAUGUGAUCAGCCUUGAAUUUUCAGAUACAAAGAUGUCUGAAUUGGUGGAGGUCCCUGAUAUAGCCAGAAAACUUUCGUGGGUGGAAAAUUACUGGCCAGAUGAUUCAGUCUUCCCUAAGCCCUUUGUCCAGAAAUACUGCUUAAUGGGCGUUCAAGACAGCUAUACAGACUUCCACAUUGACUUUGGUGGGACUUCUGUCUGGUACCAUGUCCUUUGGGGUGAGAAGAUUUUUUAUUUGAUAAAGCCAACAAAUGAAAAUUUGGCACUCUAUGAAUCUUGGAGUUCAUCUGUGACCCAGAGUGAGGUGUUCUUUGGAGAUAAAGUAGAUAAAUGCUACAAAUGUGUGGUAAAGCAGGGACAUACCUUAUUUGUUCCUACAGGGUGGAUUCAUGCUGUGCUCACUUCUCAGGACUGUAUGGCUUUUGGCGGUAACUUUCUGCACAACCUCAACAUUGGCAUGCAGCUCAGGUGUUAUGAGAUGGAGAAAAGACUAAAAACACCAGAUCUUUUCAAAUUCCCUUUCUUUGAAGCCAUAUGCUGGUUUGUAGCCAAAAGUUUGCUGGAAACCCUGAAAGAACUGAAAGAAGAUGGGUUCCAGCCUCAAACUUACUUAGUACAGGGAGUGAAAGCACUGCACACUGCUUUAAAAGUGUGGAUGAAAAAAGAACUUGUAUCUGAACAUGCCUUUGAAAUUCCAGACAAUGUUAGACCUGGCCAUCUUAUUAAGGAACUUUCUAAAGUAAUUCGAGCAAUAGAGGAAGAAAAUGGCAAACCAGUAAAAUCUCAGGGAAUUCCUACUGUGUGUCCAGUUUCUCGGCCUUCAAAUGAAGCAUCUUCACCAUAUCAUUCCCGGCGAAAGAUGAGGAAACUUCGAGACCAUCAUGUCCGAACUCCUUCUAACCUAGACAUCCUUGAGCUCCAUACAAGGGAAGUCCUCAAAAGACUAGAGAUGUGUCCAUGGGAGGAGGACAUACUGAGUUCUAAACUGAAUGGAAAAUUCAACAAACAUCUCCAGCCAUCUUCCACGGUACCUGAUUGGAGAGCAAAAGAUAAUGAUCUGCGAUUACUGCUGACAAAUGGAAGAAUAAUUAAAGAUGAGAGACAGCUGUUUGCAGAUCGGAGCCUUUAUACAGCAGAUAGUGAAAACGAAGAGGACAAGAAACCAACAAAGAAGGCAAACGUAAAGACAGAAGAGAGCUCAGGAAGAGAGGGCACAGAAAGUGAAAGAUUUCCAAAACCACUUAACAGGAUUUUUACAAGUGUGAAAUCAGAACUCAGGAAUAGAACAUCAGAAUAUUCUGAUGUUUCUGAUUCAGAAGACUCUGGACCUGACUGCACUGCACUGAAAAUUAAUUUUGCCACUGAAGAUUCUGAAAGUUCAGGUGAUGAAAAGAAACAUGAAAUAACAUCAAACUUUAAUAAGGAGGAAUCUGAUAUAGUGAGGAACCUCCUUCAGAAGGGCCAGAAGCCAUCUAGAAAUGAAAUUCCAGUUAAAAGGGAAUGUCCUACCUCGACGAGCACAGAGGAAGAAGCUAUUCAGGGCAUGCUGUCUAUGGCAGGGUUGCACUAUUCCACGUGUUUACAAAGGCAGAUACAAAGCACAGACUGCAGUGGUGACAAGAACUCUCCCCAGGAUCCCAGCAGCUGCCACAGCAGUGACCCUGAGUUUAGGCAGCUGUAUCGCUGUGAUAAACCAGUGGAAUUUGGGAACCAUGACAGAACUGCAGAUCAAGAUUUGAGGACUUCUUCCUGGACUAAACAGUUUGAUAGAACUUCCAGAUUUAAUCCUCAGGACUUAGGUAGAAACCAGAAAUCCAUCAAAAAGGAAAGUUCUUCAGAAACCAGUCAGAAGGCACAGAGCAGGCAUUGUGUGGACAGUAACUCAAGUAUUCAAACUGGAAAGUGCACGCUGAAUCCCAGCUUGGUUUCAGGGCCAUGCCAGAUGAGUAAUGGCAGGGUUAGCCCAGAAAGGCCGAUUGGUGAAACCUCUUUUUCAGUGCCCCUUCACCCCACCAAGAGACCUGCAUCAAACCCACCACCUAUCAGUAACCAGGCAACAAAAGGUAAGCGCCCAAAAAAAAGGAAUGGCAACAGCCAAGCAACGUCUUGGGAAGAUCCUUAAAUUGAACAGAAAUGGCCACGCACGCUUCUUUGUGUGACAGAGCUGCUGUCUCCGUCACUCUUCCUUUGGAGGCCGUCUCGGGGUGUGGGAGCCGGGGUUUCCGCUGCCCAGGCCUGGACCAGUGUGUGUACAGUCAGAGCACUGCCGAGACCAGACAGAAGGAGCUGCGCUUUCACUGUGCCACGCCCACUCAGCAAUAACCCUUGGACCUGGUGGGGAGAGGAAGAAGGAGGGUAGAACCUUAAAAAGAGACCUGGAACUGGAAAGGGGUCUCUUGUCAGGGCUUGAAUUUAAUUUUGUUGUUGGUAGUGUCUUGAUUUAUUUUCAGUAGUAGGAUAAAGAAUUAUCAAUAAUUUAUUUAACAGAUUUUUUUUAAAGUUAACAGCUUUUAAAUUCUUUCUUUUUUAAAGCUAUUUAUUUGGAAGAUUUCUGGAGAAAUAUCUCACUGAUUUAGAUUUAAGAAUGUGAAGGUUUUUAAAUUAUUUUUGAUAGUGUGUGUGUUACGUGUGGGGAAGAGCCACAGUAACAGUAGCUAGUCUGGACUCUUAAAUUUGAUAUUCAGGUUAAAGUCUUAAACAGGGAUUUGAUGCAUUAAUUAUUUUAAAUUAAGAUGUAUAUGAAAUCAUUUUAUUUUAUAUAUUUCAUGUGUUUUUUAUAAGCUAUUAGCUUCGCUUUUGCUAACAUCCAAGGUGCAUACUGUUAUCCAGGUUGAUUCCCUUACACCCCGCCUUUCCACUGUAACCCCGCCCCCAACAUACUGAGAUGACCCAAGACUCUUCUCCUUGCAGGGAAACACCUUUAUAGCCAAUGUUUAAGAACCACAUAAAAGAGUCCUCAUUUCUCAUUUCUUUCGACAUUGUGGUUUUCUUCUACAUGUAAAGAAACAGGCUUGUUUCAUUUUCAUUUCUCCUGAUGAUAUCUAGGUCCCAAAGAGAACAGCUUUAAUAUCUUUUUCCUACUAAUGGGGAAAGUAUAAGUUUGGUUAAAAUGUCACGUUUGUAGUUUUUUCAGAAACCUUUAUAAUUACAGAGGGCCUUCUUCAUACUGCUGAUGUUGGAGGAGCCAACCAACAUCUACCACAGGUUAUAUCUUACCAUGCUUUUAUUGUCUAGACAUAAGUUUUUUAGAAAUACAAUUUGAUUUAUGAUGUUAAAAUCUGCAUAAAAGCUGUAAUACAAUAGGACUAUACUAUAUUAAGUUGUAUAGAAGCAAGCAUGUGGAAUAGAUCUGUGUGUGUGUGUGUGUGUGUGUGUGUGUGUGUGUGUGUGUGUGUGUUAAUUUUCUGAAGAAUACAUAUUUGGAGUACAAUGGGUGCUUUUUGCAGUUUCUUCCAUCUGUCUUGGCUAGUAGCAUAUGGAGGUUAAGUGUCUGGUUGAGCUUUAGUUAAGAUAAUUAUUUAUAUCCUUUAUAAACAACUUUCACUAAUGCCAAGUUUUCAGUUGCUUGUAAUAGUUUUUAGUAUCUUUUAGUCUCCCUAUUUUCCCCUCAUGGCAUUAAAAUAAAUUGAUACUGGGGGUCUGAUGGUAUCAUAUUUUACAAAUUACUACAAAGACAAAUGACAUGAAAUUUAUUUUUCUGGAGAAAUAUGACUAUAUAAUGGACUUUCGUCUUUCUCACUCCACAAAGUAGCUGGACUUUUCCUUCUGCACUAGGCAUUAAGUUGUAAGAAAAGAAUUAUGUACCUUUCAUAGUUGCAUUCAAAAGAUGUAUUUCCAAAGAGGAAUAGUAUUGUGUCUUUUACAAUAUUUCAAGAGAUAAGGAAGUUAUGAGUUCACCAUUUUGGUCUAGAUUGUCUGGACCCAAGUUUCAAUUCACUUUGGGUGUCAGGGAGGACUUUUUUGGAAUUCUUAGUAUCUGUAGAAGCCUCUCUAACCCCUGCCUGCACUAUGCCAUAACUAUUAGAGAGAGGAAUGCAGUCCAGGCACUGGUUGUAUCUCAAGAUGCAAAACUCUGGAUUGACUGGCCCCUCACCUUCCUACAAUGUAUCACUGUGAUGUCUUUGCUUUCUCUUUUGUUGGAAUACACAUUUUUAUUUUGUGUUAGGAAAUAAGCAGGAUGAUUUCUUUCUUCAGUUAUAAUGACUUGGAUUUUUUUUAACAACAAAAGUAGUUUAGCUACUUUUUAUGAUCAUAAAAAUUAAAACCUUAUUUUUAUGAAUUAAAAUUGUGUCCAGUAUCCACCCUGUGUCUUUAGGCUGAUAAACACUAAUUAUGAGUUAUUACCAGUAUUUGGAAUUUUUAAGUAACAAUACUGUGGAUUCAUUUUUGAUCAUUUUAACCCAAAACUGACUAAAUUACAAAACUUUAGCAAGUUAAUAUAGCCACUAAGUAAGAAUCCAUGUAUCUUCUGAGUUGAUAAAAAUUCAGGCAGCCAGCCAGUGACUUUUCUAGUCAGACCUCUUAUAUAGUUCCCAACUGUGGUGUGUCCUUUUAUCCCAUAGAAAUGGCUGGACUUUGAGGUGUGAACUGCCAGGAUCUGGGCUCAACAGUUAUAGGUAGUCUCAUUUAUAAGUAGUGUACCACAGCUUAAGUAAGAAGACGGCAGUGAUAGCAUUUAGUAGUUAUAAGCAGAUAAAAUGUAAAACUGAGAACUAAUGAUCACCAUGCAGCUUUAAUAGCAGUAGUUACCCUGUUGUAAUUCAACUAAGUGACCCUUAGCCUGGAAUCUACUGUACUGUAAUUCACAACAUUAGAUAAUAUCAUGCUCUCCAGUAUUGGUGAAUAGUUAACAAUACAAAACUGGCAGCUUAGUAGUUCAGGAUCUUUGGAAUACAUUGAAAUUCACAGAAUUGAACCAUCUACUGAAACCACAAACUCAGAGGAGACAAGUCCACCUAUAUGACUUGUUAAAAACUUAGCUUAAUACUUAGAUACUAGGUGAAUACUAUUCUGUGUUUUGCUCAUCCUAAUUAAUUGCUUUUCAGUGUAUUUCACUGUAUUUAUUCAUAUGAUCAGGUAUUUAUCCGACAUCCAUCAUGUGCCCAGAGCUAGUUAGUACUGUAGAGGAAUCUCAGUUUUAGUUUUUGUCUGCCUGUGAAGGUGUCUUCUCCAGGAGGCUAGCGGUAUUGUUUUCACUUCAAGCAUACUUGAGCAGAAGGUGAGCAUUUGUAAAAGAGAGCAAAACACAACAGUCUAACUUCAUUAGUUUCAACUGAGACAUCCACUGUACAGGUGGAAGUGUUAAAAAAAAGAUCCCUCUUCUUUAACGUUUAAGAAAAAGUCCACAAGCCAGUAACUUGUUGGUGACGAAAGGUUGUGACCGUGGUAAAGCUUGGAGGGAAGCAAAAGGCCUGUGUGUGGUCCAUGCUCUGCCGUAUGUCGGCUGAGCAGCCCGGAGUCAGUAAGUUAUUCUGAGUUUUACUUCUGAGCCCUUGUUUUGUGUUUGUAAGUUUUGAUAAAAAGCACUUGAUGAUACUCAGUGAAGACCAGCAUUGUUAAGCAUUACAGCAGUUAACUAUUGAGUUACAGCUGAUGAUGAGUACGCCCGUAGAGAACUACGUAGUGAGAACUGCUUCUAUGCACCACACUUGAUGUGCUGUACGCCAGAGCGUGCUACGGAACCCCGAGCCAUUCCUAACAAGGCGCUUGAAGUGCAAGAACAAGAAGUGAGCUGGUUUGUGAACACAAGAGUAAGAGCGCUCAUCAAGUUGGUGAAGAUUAUUUAGCACAGCAGAAGACCUAGCUUUAGGUUUUCUCUCAAAGAGAAAUUAGUGCUGUUCCCAGAUUUGACAUACUUUUGAGGUACAAAAGAUAAAACAGGUGAUGAAUUUAUAAUGACGUAGCAGCUACCCAUGGAACUGGGGGAAAUAGGGACUAGGAAGAAGAACUCGGCAAUGACAGCUCUGAGUUAGGUCCCAAUAGCAUAGGGAGAGGAAGGUCAUGGGUAGUGUGGAAAGGUGUCACAGCUUGCUUCAGAAGAUGUUCUGCCGUGGUGACAGUCCCCGAGAACUGGUGGGAAUCAUCGUAUGGCCUAGUGUACUGCUGCUAGAAAGAACUGUCAUAGCAAAUGUGAAUCUCUAGUUUUCACAUAGAGAAAUAAGAAACUUCAUAAUGCAAAUGUAAAAAUUCCUCAAAUUCGUCUUUCCCAUUAUAUAUUAAACUAAUUUCUCUCGUGUGUAAGAGAGAAGGUCUUGCCCUGAGUUUUAUCCCUAGCACCACAAAGACAGCAAAGAUGAGCCAAGGCUUUCAGACUGUUAAUGGUACCCUAGACUUUUAUCUGAUACAAUCUCAAAAAAUUAAGCAUCGAAUCUAGGAAAAGCUAGUCAGUAAUAGUGACCAAUGUAACUGAGAUAGGAGAGAGAUUUGCCUAGGGACACACAGCGGCUUUGAAAUCUGAUCCUUUGUUUCCUUACACAGACCGUGUUCUUUGACACUGCAGCCUCUACUUGUUUUGUGGAUGCUGUCCGUAUAUGUUCUUGAAGCUAGACAGAAAAAUGAAUUAGUGUGCUCAUUAAACUGCGGUUGAGCAUAUUUAACCUUCGUACUUAACUCCUAAGCCUUUUCUUUAUUUUGCUCUCAUGCUAUAAGUUAAAUAUUUGAUACCCUUUCUAUAAACAUAAAAAGUUUUUAAAAAAGCAGAUGUCUAUUUUCAAAGCAGCUGGCAUAUUAUCACUCCCAUGGUUUUAGUAUUCUGUAGUAGGUCUCCCCUUUUUUACAGGAGAGACACAAAUAGCACGCACCGGAGAAGCCCUUAGGUCUCCCAUAACCCUUGGUGCCCUUUUACUUUCUUACGGCUUUGUCUUAACUGUGACAUUACACUUUUUGUUUAAAAUCUUUUAAAGGAUGUAUCCAGCGAUUCUUCCAACAAAUUUACCUGCUCUGCACUAUUCAUUAAUGAAACCCUGGCUACCACGUAGCCCUCGACCUCCAAGUAGUUUACCUAUGCAAGACCUGUGAUACUCUAGAUUCACUUCAUUACAGAAAGCAGUCAUAAAUGUAACUUAAAAGGUUUGUCUUUAGUAGCUUUUUUCUUUUCAAUAUAAUCAGCUAUUUUCCCUCCAUAUUUUUUUACCAAAACAAUUAUCAUAAGUGCUCGAAUAUAUACUAUUUUGCAGGAAUAAAAUAACCAAGACAUAUGCUUAUAUUUCUUUGGAUUUUGUUUGAUAAGAAAUGCCGGCAUUAGCAUUAGUAGAGUUGAUUCCUUGCCUAGAAUAAUUUUUUUCCUCCUAAGAUUCAUAAGUAACAUUUUAUUUUCACAAAGCAUGCAUAUAACUUAUACAAUAUAGUCAGGGACCUGAGGUGUAACUUGCUAAGUGAACCCCAAGGUUAUUUUAUCUUGCAAAAGAAACCUAAACCAAACUAAGGGCCUUACAGUUUAUGGUUAGACUGAAUCAAAUGCUGUAACCUCAGUUUUUCCAAAAGCAGCUCUUGACCGCACAGGCAAGUCAUGCAGUUGUUAUGUAUGAAAUAGCACUGAUAGGAAAUGCACGUGCAUCUUCGCGGACUGUAUUUCCUUUGGAAAAGACUUUUCUACUCUUAAUAUAAUUAAGCCAUAACAGUUUCAUGCUGUGGAAAGGAUAAAAAGGUUCAUUUUAAGAGAUUAUAUAGUGUGAGCUUUCACAUUUAUUGUGAAACAUCUAACUUUGCCAGUGUUUCAGCAAGUUUUCUUUUGGGGGUGUUGGAGGGCGGUAAUGGGAAAGGGGUAAGUAUUGGUUUUAGGGGUUUUGACUCUGUGAAAUUUGAAAACAGGACAGUUGUUGGCUCUGGUACUUACUAGUUUUGUAGUAAUGUUUUGCUAGCCUGACUUUCCUUACUGGUUUUUAUGUCCGUGGUCCCUGGUGACUGUUACUCUCAUUGUUUGGGGUGUGUGCAGAGUAGUGUUACAUCUGUGUGUAGGCAGUCAGUGUGUGUGCAAUGUGUCCUUUUGACUACAGAAACACACUGUGUGACAGUGAAAUGGGGUGUGGCUGGGAGUGGGACGCUGGAGCUUUGAGAGCAUUUGUUUUAUUCAGAACAGUAUUUCCCAUCUUUUGCCUGCAGGCAGGGAAAGUGUACAGUAUUUAUUUUGUUCCUGUUUUACUCUGAAUUUGUAAGUCUUUAAGUAGCUUAUAUUAUUAUUAUAGGGGAAGACAAGUGACUUGCUUAAAGUUGUAUUUAGAAUUCUUACUUCCUGAUUUCUGUAUUUUUAAAGAUUGAAAUUAAAAUUGUAUUACUUCUGUUUUGAUUUUUUAGCACUCAGUGUAUUUUUUGCUCAUUUUGUUUAAAAGUAUAAAUGUUGAAAGUUGUAUAAACUGUGUCUCUGAAGAAAAAAAACCUGAAUUCUAUAUCCAA